AAUUUGUAUGAAGCAAGCGCAUUGCACGGGAUUGACAAGCUCCAGUUGAACUGAUUCUUUAGUAUGCUAAGAGCCUUGAAGCUGCAAAGAUCAGAACCAAUUCGAAUAGCAAUGCUUGACGACAAGGAGAUAUUGUUAGAUGGCGACAGUUACCGUGACAUUGUCCAGAUGGAUCACCCUGUUCAUGUGUCAAAUGAAGAACAGCAACCAGAUCCACCUGAACAUGUGUAUAUGUCAAUUGAAGAGCAGCCACCGGCAGAGUUGGACAUUCUUCAAGGCGAGUCUCGAUCUUCUAAAUUUCUGCACAAUUGGAACAGUGUGGGAAUUUGCCUGUUUUAUAAUCUAUGCAUGAUUGUGUUAUUGGUGCUAAUAUUUAUCUACAAGCGAAAGAAUUAAAAUUCAAAGAUUCGACAAACUUU